CAAUGGUGAGCAGGAAGAAAGAAUUACCUUUGCAGAAGGAAUGCUUGACCACUCCUCUAUUUGAACUGCAUUUCGUUUGCAAACUAUGGUUGUCAAUAAUCAGGAACUUUGGGAAGAGGUCCUAUGUUCCAGAGGACUGAUAGUGGUAGAUGUUUAUCAGUGCUGGUGCGGCCCAUGUAAAACCGUAAUCAGCCUCUUCAGGAAAAUAAGAAAUGAGCAUGGGGAUGACCUUCUGCAUUUUGCUGUGGCUGAAGUAGAUUCAAUCGAUGCCCUAGAGAAAUAUCAUGGGAAAUGUGAGCCUACAUUUCUGUUUUAUGCUGGAGGAGAGUUAGUAGCGGUUGUAAGAGGAGCAAAUGCACCAUUGCUACAGAAAACUAUUGUGGAGCAGCUAGAAGCAGAAAGGAAGGUUUUGGAUCAUGGGGCAGAGAGAGUGGUGAUCCAGGAUGAAGCCUUUCUUCAGGAAGAAGAAAAUACUGCUGUGGAAGAAGAGGGGGAAGAUGAAGAGGAAAAUGAGGGUGAAGAAGACAAAGCAGAUUAAAUCAUUUGGAUUGGCUUUCCAGCUGCCAUUGGAAGAUGAUGAAAAAUGUUACUUUUUUUGUUAGAGGCAAAAAGAAGGAUAAAAUUGUUGGCAACUUAUUGUCAAAAAGGGGAAACUGUGUUUCAGGUAGAGGCAGUCUUUUUGUGUCAAAAUUCAUGUUACUAAGGAAACAGUCCUAAACAGGUCUCCUUGGAAGUAAAUCCCACUUUAUUCGAUUUAAAUUAUGGCUUUUCUACUCCCAGGAAUAUAACAACAAUAUCACUUAAUAUUACUCAAUUAAGUAGCCUUAAUAAUACAAUAUCACCAUUAAGCACAAUAUAUUAGUCUUCUCAGUACUGCUACAGGUAUCUGAGAAACUACCUUAUGCCAAAUUUAUGCCUUAUUUAUUUGUACAAUUCCAGGAGGUGUAAUUUGGUUAAUUGUUGGCUUUGAACCUACUGUGAGGCAUAGGAUGCAUACCUGGUAUCUCCAAGGCUUUGCUGAACUCAGUAAUGUUAUUUGUUCCAUUGUAAUGUUUGCUUAAGAGUAAUAAGGCUCUUACUGGCAAUCUCCAGCAGAUCUUUCCAUGGUGAGGUGGGUGGUGGGUGGGGUGGAAUUCACCGGUACUGAGUACUGGCACUUUUUUUUGAAGACUCUCCCAAGUCCUGAUCCUUAUGUGCCAGUGUGCCACUCUCAGCCAGAGAGAGAGAAUGGAUCCUCAGGAACCAUCUCUAGGCCGAAAAAAGAAUUGGUAGAAACUAGCACAACCUUAUAUAUGAGUUCUGACACCUUUAAAAACUAUGUUGAGGUAAUCUAAAACAGAACAGAACUGAGUUAGCAAUUUUGCAAACCUUUAGGAUAUCAAAUAACAAAACGUUUGUGGCAGCCAUCUUUAACCCUAUCAUAAUAUUACAGUUAAUCUCAGUUUAUAACAUGUACAGUUAUUAUCUAACUGUAGUAGAGGCUGAAAUAUUGAUCUAAAUCUAAAUUAUGAACUGUCAUCUUGGAUUCCAGUAUGGCAGCUACAUUCAAAUUGGCAAUAUGACUUUUCUGAUGCAGGUAGAAAACUUGUGACUGAAAUCUUGAUAAUGAGUUGACAUGACAAAAAGAUUCAGGGGACAUUGUUGAUCACUUUAUGUGCUACUAGUAUAACAUUAAACUAUGUAUAUGCAUCUGAUUACUGCUUUAAUAAAGAAAUUUAAAUAUA